AUGCUGCAGUUCCCGUAUGUGGUUCCCUCCCCCUCUACGGGCUACCCUACCUACUACUAUGAACGAUAUGUGGCCCCCCCCUCGUCGGCGCAGGGGUAUCUUGGGCCGCUGUCUGGCCUGCCGCGCCCCUCCCGACCGUGUGCUCGUCUCCCACACCAAAAAAUCGCUACAUUACCUUCUUAUGCUCCGAACCUGCUCUUUCGUUUCUCCCCACGUUUGGUCAGUCCUUGCCCAGUUCUCUUCCUGUACACCAUCUUGUGUGUCCGUGUAUUCCAAUCCCUCUCUCUAGCCUGUCGCUCCUGGCUCUCCAGGGCGCGACGUGUGAGACCAUCUUCUGAGUGUAUGCUCUGUAUUUGACUGG